AUGAUGAACCCUAAGGAAGAAACCCACCUUGAGGACGUCCUACCUAAGGGCGCACGGGGGGGAGAUGUAGAGAAGGUGUUAAAGAAAUUUUUCGCGACACACAUUCCGCUAAGUGUCCAAAUGGCGAAAAUGCAAAUGAGGGGAAAUAACGAAGGAGCCCUAAAAAUGAUGAAAAAUAAUAUGAACAAACUGAUAGGCGAAUGCUUCUUUAUAUUGCACAGUAUUAUCAGCUCUGCACUGAAAGGAGUUUUGAAGAUCGAGACGAUUGAAGAAGCACGGAGGUACCAUUUGAUCUACCUGUGGUUCAUUCCUGUUUGUGAAGUGGGAAGGAGGAAAGAGUUACAUGAAGAGGUAGGAAAAGACCUAUGCCGAGCUACCCCCUACUACAACUCUGAUUUUGUGCCAAAUUGGAAGGACUCAGGAGGAAGGGUGAUUACGCAGGUGGAAAGACUCUUCCCAUUCGGAGGGGUCUACCUCAGUGAGUGGAUCAUAAGUGGAGUUAACAAAGCGUUAAGUAUGGUGCUUGGUGGUAGUGCUGAUGGUGAAGGUGCUGACCAGGUGGACCUUGAAAAUUGGUCAUUCGUCCUCGAUUUGAUAAAAUUUGUUUAUGUUGAGGGGGAUAUCUUAUCCAAGUACCUACGCGGAGGGGUGUUACACCAAGAAGACACUGCAGGACCUCCCCAGAGUACGACCCACAUGGAGCAGCACAAUAGUAACGUAAAGGCAAUUAAACAAAGGGAAAACAAUAUCGACACAGCAUUGGAAAAGUACCAUGAAGAUAUUCAUAACAUUAUUAAGGCAUAUUUUACCCUUCCGUUUGUCCUAUUUAAGUGUAUAACCGAUGUAGGGGUAAAAAAAGGAAGCGACGAAAAGAGGAAACUGUAUAUUUAUCAGCAUAUAAUUCCAGGGGCAUUGAAUGACGAAGGAUUUUCUAAACAUGUUGUGAACACUUGUGUCUUUUAUUGGUUACAUGGAGACGAAGCCACAGUUAACUAUGAGAAGAUGGCUCUGUUAACGAAGCGUGUGGUGAAUAGCCAUUUGGUGAAUCCCUUUUGUCAGACACUACUUGAGGGGCUUCUUCUCGUACGUGGGAGUGGCAAGGUUGAACAAUUGGAACACGUGGCAGACAUGGUCAAAGCGGACGACUUGGGGGAAAGCUCAGAGGACGUUCUCAAGUUAACCCGGAUGAACCAAAUCGUGCAGAACCUCUUCUAUUACGUGCACUUGUACUGCCAUGGGGAAUCUGCAGGAGAAAAACUACUCACGAGCUUAAUCGAGAAUAUGAGUCCUUUUGUCAAGGUCGUUCAGAAUGAAGAGAAGCUCUCCUUAUGUUUAUUUAACCGAUCGGUAAAGCAUCUUCUGUGUAUAAUUAUAAAACUUUCCUUUUUGUAUAAAUGGGAUUUCUACAUUUUGGAAAAAUUUUUCAGCAUCAACUGCCGUAACUUUUUGCCGCUCAGUUUUUCCCUCACCUUCAUUGAACUCAUAUCCGAUUUGGUGGGUCCCAAUUGGACAUCUUCCAACGCACUAUUCGCAAACUUCACACGUGAGAAAGAAGUGAUUCACUCUAGUGAGGUGAUUCGCGAGAGAACAAGUUACCGCACCGUUGUUCGGCAGGUGAAAGGGGAAGAAAUUCAAAGCAUAUAUAGCUGUGAUACACAUUGCACGUUGGAUGAACGGAGUACAGUCGGAAUAAUGGCAUUCGAAUUUUUACAAGAAAUGUUUUUUUUCGUCUUGGGACAAUUCUCGCCCGAUUCUCAACAGAAAGGUUCUUCAAGUUUUGUCCCCAUCAUGUUGAGCAAAUUACUCUACACAUUUAGCAUGCACAUGAAAUUUGUAAAUAAAAAGCUUGUUGACAGUUCGUACCAAUUUGACGUACUUUCCGAGGUGGACUUACAUAUAUACAAAUUAAAUUCUCAACACAGUGCAAAGGUAUUUGAAAGGGUUACCAUAAUGGUACGUGAGUUGUUUAAUCGAAAGGAUGAAGUGUCUUUGGUGGCUGGGCAAAUACUGGCUGACCAUUUCAGGAUUUACGUUGAUGGAUUAUCCUACAAGGGGGAAGAAAAGUAUAAGCGGACGGAGAUAGAAAUGGGCAGUUGUGAAGAUUGUGAGGAGGGAGGUACUCUCUUCCCUAAUUUGAAACAGCCUGCAGAGAGCUUCCCAGCAGAACUGAGGUGCUUCAAGGUUAUUAAGCAAAGUGGGUUUGUCUACUUGGAGGACCUGAUCCGGACGAGCGACCCGGAGUGGGGCAUGGACCGCGACAAAUGGGGUGAUGAAUUGGAUGACGAAAUGGAUGACGAAAUGGAGGACGAAACGGAUGGCGAAAUGGAUGACCAAGUGGACGUGCUGGUGGCCAGUCUGCGGGAACCCCCCCUUGACCAAGGGAAGAAAAGAAGCGAAGACGAUAUGCUGAUUCAAAACGCAGAUUCGUUAAUUGACAACGAACUGUACGACAUAGAAGAGAAGCAGUUCUUAGUUGAGCUAGAAUUGGAAAACGAAUUUUACCUCAACCUGGAUCGGAACAAGCAUAUGUAUACAGACCCACCGGAAGAUCUAUUCGAAUGUCUGCACAGAAUGAAAAACAAAGCAAAUUAUAUUGAAAGAAAUGAGCAAGAUAUGAAUAACGACCAUUUGAAAUUGAAUGAACAGAAGGAGACAUAUGAUGAGGAAAAUUUUCGCAUAUGUCAGGCAGUGGUUUCCUUGCCCAGGUUUAUUAGAAAAGGGGAUGUGUUAACCUAUUUGUGUGUAGAAUUAUAUGAAGCGCUCCUUUCGUUAAACCACUCGAGUUGUCUGCUUCGAGAAGGGAAGAGCCCCUUCGCAACGAUCAAGCUGCUCGACAUGAUCCUUCUUACCAUCAAUGCGCCAAUUGAGAUAUGCAAUUUUGUUUUUAAAAAUGUUUACUCGAAUAUGUACUCGAGUGUACAAAAGAUGGUGAUGCUGUUGUGUCUGCAGUUGUGCGUUUUGUUUCUUGCGGGGCGCGCUACUCUGCGCCAAGUGUUUCAGAGCGCAAGCGAGAUUACGGCGCAGAUGGAGCUCAGCGUGUCGGGGAAGAAUGUGAGAAGGGAAGGGAGUGAAGAAGCUAACCGAUGCGUGGACCACCAAGCCGACUUAGGAAGCAUCUCGGAUAAAUUUUAUCAUCUGAUUGAGAAUUUCCCAAGUGGUGAUGGGAAGGAUGCUAACUACGAUCAUGGCGCUGUCCAUGUCGCUUCCGAACGUGUGUCGCUCCUCCCCCCGUCUGAUUCGACGAGUAAAAGGGAAUCGGAUGACGCGCAGGUGGGGGGUCGGAGCGUUUUCGUUACAAAUGGCGCGAAUGGCGAGCAUGGAGAUGAGGAGCAAGCACUCCGAAGUGGAAACACAGGAUGGAAGAGGAACACCGACCUGUUGCUCAAGCCAAACAGAGACACACACGAGAGAAGCAAAAUUUGUCUUAUAAGAGAAAAAGACAGUAAUAAUGCUCUGCUUAAAAAAAAGGAGGCCUCCAAGAUGAGCCUCCAAAAUAGUGGGGAAAAAAAGACCAAGUCGAUGACCACCCUUUGCAGCUUCUUCUUCGCUAGUGCUUACACAAAACUGCUAAACGUAAACAGAAAAAAGGAAGCAGUCGGUAUAGAAUAUGAUGAACACAAGUUGAGAAAAUAUUAUUCAAAUGAUGCAUCCAUUGUCUUAUCAUUAAUCUCAACGUACAUGGUAUUUUUUACCACGUCGUGCAACUGCACCUUUUAUAUAGAAGACAUUUUGCUUGACGGAUUUACAUUAACAAAUUAUUACAUUCGAAAUAAAAAUUUCCUCAUUCGAAGAGUUAGUUUUAAAUUAUUAUUUCAUAUGAUAAAUUUUAUUUUAAAAAAAAAAAAAUUUUAUUUGUUAGAGCACGCAAAUUAUAUGGAAGUCAUUAAUUACAUGUCGGAAAAUGUCUGCUUCGAUCAGGACGGCCCAUCCGUACACCUGAUGCAGUACAUCUUAGGUGUUCACGAAGCGGUUGUGGGUGGGGUACUCCAGGGAAGCAAAAACGGGCACACGUGA